AUGCGCCCUCCAUGCUGCCUUGUCUGGGCGCGCGUGCUCAGCCUCGCUCACACCGCGUCCAUACAAGGGGCCACUGGCCCAACAAGCGCUUAUAUUACUGUACUGUGUUCCUUUCUUCGCUGGGCGCACUCUCGGGCACCUCACCGGGACGUCUACGGGUUUUGUCUCUUCCCCGCCGCCUUUCAACGUCAUUCUGCUGCGAUUUCCGUGGAGGAGAAAGCCACGCGUUUCAUUGCUACAUUGUGUACCCUGGCAGUGCCGGGUGCCGGUGAUCUUCUCACCGUGGGCAGCGGCGACGUGUCUUUCCCACUGCAUGGGGGAAGCAGGCAGCUCUAUGUGCGCAAGUGCUAUCCUAACCUCUUCACAGUCAUCUACGCGUCGGAGAAUCGAAAGCAUGUUGUUACUGGGACACCUGGGAUUGGUAAGAGCUACUUCUUCUACUACAUGCUAAUGCGGCUGCUGGAAAGCCCGUCGCCACCACCCUUUAUCCUUUGGCAGCAUCACUCAAACCCUGGCAAACUGUGGUGCUACACGCAUGAGACGGGGGUGGUCUGGUCUGGUGCUCGACCAAUGGCUUUCGGUAACGAGCUUCACAACCGUGAUUCCUGGUGGGUUCUACUGGUGCAGCACAGCACACUGAUACAUCAUACAUUUAUCCUCCCCUGCGGUGUCCUGGAGGGCCUAGGAGCUGUGUGUUGUGGCAGCGUUAUCUCGUAUGUGGUCUCGCUGGUCUAUCCCGAGCCCUUGCAGUGUUUAUCGGGCUUGUGCGUGGUCCCUUUUCUUUGGUUGGUUACUUAUCCCCUGGACCAGCCCAGAGGAGAUGGGGUGCAGCCCGACACCAGCACUGCGGCGCACACGGUGCUGUUAACCUCACCUGUGCAUGCAACGAUGAAGGAGAUGGAUAAAGAAGGCGCGAACGUGCUGUACAUGCCUCUCUGGGAGCUUGAGGAGCUGCUUGACUGCCGCAGGUGCUGGGUGUGGGGCGAGUGGGGAGGAGGGCUAGCUCACGUGCCAAAACGGCCAAAACCCCCACAAUAUGCCCCCAGCAAGAUGUACGACAUGGUGCCGGAGGUGACCGUGAAGGACCUCUUCGGUUACUAUGGCGGCAUGGCACGGUACGUGCUGCAGCAUCCGUCGCUGGACCCUGACCAGGAGUUGCUUGAGUUGCUGAGGUCGCUGCACACCGCUAUUAAUACUUGCAAAGUUAAACAGGUGCGAAUGGCCAUUGGUGCUGUCGAAAUGGUACCUGAGGCCAGCCACCCGCUGUUACAUAUUGUGGCUAACGACGCGUUCAAGAAGCAGCGCCUCAGAUUCGCCAGCAAUUGGGCGGCUGGUGAGUUUGUCAAACGAGCAUUGGAAUUUGAAAAGAAGAAAGUGAUAUCGCUACUGAAAACGUCCAAUGGAGGGCUCAAUGGUAUGUUGUACGAGCCAGUUAUGCAUGCUGUACUGGCGGCGGGUGGCAAGUUCGAUGUGGUGCCAUUGGACCGGGAGACUCUGGAGAGGGGCAACGAGGAGAAGCUGGACAUCCAGCCCUGCAAAACGGUUUGCUGGUUUAAAGACAACAUCAGCAGUGUAACCGUGUCCGAAAGCAAGGAAAUCAAUGCUGCUGACCUUGAGAAGAAGUUGGCGCAACUGGGCAUCCCUGACAACCCUAAACCCAGCUGCAGCCUCUUCUUCGUGGUGAGCCCUGAUGUCUACAACACCUUCAAGGUGCGGGCAGCAACGAAGAAGCGCAAGGCGGGCAAAGAUGGCGAGGCUGCCUGGCCGCCCGGCACUGGGGAGAAGUAUCCGCGUUCAGUUAACACCCGGUUGUAUAUUCUGCGCGGCAACUACCAAGACCUGCACAGCAGCACUUGAUGCAUCAUCACAGCGAAACAGUUGUGCGGGGUGAAAUGGAAAUGACCACGUGUAGUAGUGAUGUAUGUGUAGUGAUACAGCUGCAAUAUAUAGCAGUUAGUGGUUGAUUGAAGUUGUUAUGACAUGUGACUACUGGCCUUGUCCACUGUCGAGUCAAAUGCCACCACAUGCAGCUGCAUGCUGUUUGCAAUGCACAAUAGUACACGACCAAGGGGCAGGAGCAUGGGGAAAUGUUCUAUCGUUUGGUGUCAGUGUACUGCUGCUGCCCAAAUAAUUAGUGCCAAGCCGGUAGCCAGAGGGAAGCGAUGAUGGGGUAAGACAAUAUGAGGAAACAUUUCCCUUAAUUUGAAAUCAACCUUGAAGGUCGAACGGUGUUGUGCAGUGUAUUUUGGGUCGGCUCUUACCAGCAACGUGGGCGAUGAUGUCCUUGGAUGAGGUGUAUUAAUCAUGGUCGAGGGAGAGGUGGGCGGCAGCGGAAGACAUUCACAGCCUGGAGCCCUUUCCAAUAGACAUGUUGUGUUGCAGUUGUGAAUUGCGGCACUAGUUGGUAAGGCCUAAGGGUUGGCAAGUGUCGCCCAAAUAGGCAAUCAAGGGCAACCUCAGUAACAUGUGCCAGCGAAGCCACCAGAUAUGACGUUUCAUUUCUAGAGUCAUGACAGAUCGAGUAAUUGGACAGCAUCUUUAAUCAUCUGAAGACAUUUGACUCAGCUUGUUGUUAUUACAAAUUCUGUAACGUAUUUGAUAUG